AUGGCCUUGCCCGCCGCCCGUCAGGGACUGGCGAUACCAUCGUCACCUGUGGACGCAGUACCAUUGACAGCGCAGAGUCCUCUCCCACACCUGGACCGUGCCCCCACUGGCACUGCCCUCUCCUUCAAGAUGAGGCUGUCGUUCGUUGUCGGAUUUGUCCUGUCACUCAUUCUCCCCUUCCUGACCAAUGCAGUCACCGUCGGCGAUGUGAUGAGCAGGUCCCUGGUCGCCUACUCGAAACAGCACUCAAAAAGAGACGACGUGUCUGACAUCUUGACCGCCAUCGAGGACCUCGCCGAGUGUUCAGGAUGCCAGGCUCUCCUCCUGGUCCUGCAAGCUCUAGCUCAUCUCGGCAACGACGCCUUCUCUGGCGUCAUCAUCGAUGUUUGUCAAGGGCUGGGUGUCGAGGACAAAGAUGUCUGCGCCGGUGCGAUCGGGCUGGAGGGGCCGAUCCUGGCACACGACCUUCGCAACAUGAACAUCCCGAGCAAGACCUCUGAGCUGUUCUGUAUGACCAUCUUCGGUCUGUGUCAAUGGCCCGAGGUCGAUACAUCCUACUCGGUAUCCCUGUCUGAGAAACCAGCGAACGCGACCAGGCCGGAGCCAAGCGGCCAGACGCCCCUCAAAGUGGUGCACAUCAGCGACAUCCAUGUGGACCUUAACUAUACCACCGGCGCGAGCUACAACUGCACCAAGAACAUUUGCUGCCGGCCCUACACCUCUGCUGAUGAGCCCGGGGUGACCGACUACCCUGCUGGACCGUACGGCAAUUCGGAGUGUGACAGCCCGCUCAGCUUGGAAGAGAGCCUGUACAAGGCGAUAGAGGAGUUGGUUCCCAACCGGGCGUACACGAUCUUCACAGGCGAUGUAGUCGAGGGCGCCGUCUGGCUCGUGACUGACGAGGAGGUUACAAACGAUUUGAACGAUGCCUACGGCCGCAUGCAGGGCAUCGGGCAGACUUACGCCGUGAUUGGCAACCAUGACAGCAGUCCAGUGAAUUCGUUUCCGCCCGCGAGCGUGGACACGACCAUCAGCACCCAGUGGGCCUACGACACCCUUUCGUCCGACAUCGAAGGAUGGAUCGGCAGCGCGGCAGCCGCUCAGGUCUCGUCUAACUUCGGGAGCUACUCGGUCGUCGCCGAGGGUCACUCAAACCUCAGGAUCAUCUCACUAAACACAAAUUUCUGGUACCGGCAGAAUUUCUGGCUGUACGAAAAGACGAUUGAGCAUGACCCCAGCGGGAUGCUCGCCUGGCUAGCUACGCAACUCGAGGCAGCCGAGUCGGCGGGCGAACGGGUCUGGAUCCUGGGCCACAUGCCGCUGGGCUCCAACGACGCCUUCCACGACCAGAGCGCCUACUUCGACAGUAUCAUCCAGCGCUUCGACGGCACCAUCGCAGGCUUGUUCUACGGGCACACGCACAAGGAUGAGUUCGAGAUUGCGUACAGCAACUAUACGGGCCAGUCGGCGUCCACGGCGACCAUGGCGAGCUACAUCGCGCCGGCGCUCACGCCGACGUCUGGCAACCCGACUUUCCGCGUUUACGACGUUGACCCAGUCACCUUUGGCGUGCUAGAUUACGCCGUAUACUAUGCCAACCUGUCUAGCCCGACCUACCAGACCGAUGGCCCGGCUUGGGAAGUCCUCUACAGCGUCAAGGACGCGUACGGCAGCCUUCUCGGCUAUACAGAUCCGGCGGCCGAGCUGACGCCUGCGUUCUGGCACAAUCUGACCGAGCUCUUCGAGACCGACGACGCCGUCUUCCAGGAGUACUACGCCCGCAAGAAUCGCAACUACGGCUCGUCGACGUGCACCGGAGAUUGCAAGACCACGGAGAUAUGCGAGCUGAGGGCCGCGCAGUCGCAGUACAACUGCGGCACUGUGAGCCCGGGGAUCAACCUCAAGCGGAGCAAGGCUAAGAGGGGCGUUGGCGAUGGCGAGGUUGUGGAUGCACACGGGUUCCACGAGUGCGAGGCGUCGAGCGUGGUGCCUGUUAUGACGAGCAUUUACUCGACGGAUGGGCUCGGCGCGUUGACGAAUGCGCUGGUCGGUGUUGCUGGGUCGGGGUUCCUGAAUACAACUGUCAAUGGCACCUAUGUAUAG